AUGUACAUCCAUACGAGCCUGUCCAGCACUCUGGAGCUCCGCCAGCUAAGUCAACAACGCAAAGCCACACAUACCGGUCAUCCCAUGAGCAUGGUGCGAUGUGAUAGCAUUCAAGGCCCUCUGCCUCGACUGAGAUACACACUCCAGCCGGAGUCGUCGGAUCACCCAGCAGCCUCUUUGGAUGCACGAGAACACCAGCUCUCGAAUGCAAAGGACAGCGAGAUGGAGGGAGAGGACAGAGGAGAGAAAGCGGUGGCUGCCAUGGAGGCCUGCUACCAAGGCUUUGACCCAGCAGCAUACUUGCAGUAUAACUACACUCCACCGCGAGCUGACUUCACCAGGAGCGACAGCAUCGUGCCAUGGAAGCUCAAGUGCCUUCACGAAGCUUUUUCUGAGGAUGGGAUGAAAGGAGAGGUUCUGGUGGACGUGGGUUCUGGUCCGACUCUCUACCAGGUGAUGAGCGGCUGUGAGCACUUCGAUCGGGUCGUUCUGUCUGACUUCCUGGAGGUGAACCGAAAGGAACUGCGGAUUUGGCUGCAGGACGGCAAGAGCAGCCUGGACUGGACACCUUACUUAAAGUUUGUGUGUGAGCUGGAGGGACGCAGUCCUUCAGCCUGGAUAGAAAAAGCGAAGAGGCUUCGCUCAGUGGUGACCGAUGUGCUGCCCAUCAACAUCCACCAGCCCUGCCCCCUGCCAUCUGGAUCGCUGCCCAGCACAGGCGCCGACUGUCUAGUGUCAUCCUUCUGCCUGGAGAGCGUGAGCCCAGACCUGUCCUCCUUCACCCAGGCAUUGGGUCACCUGUCCGGUCUCCUCCGCUCAGGCGGUCACCUGCUGCUGAUUGGAGCGCUGGGGGAGAGUUUUUAUCUCGGGGCUCCGGGCCUGCGCAUCCCGGUGGUGCCACUGGACGAGGCUCAGGUGUGUUCCAGUCUGAGAGCCAGCGGCUUCCAUCUGCUGCAACUCAGCGUCUACCACCUACCCCCAGACAUGAGGGUUGGGGUGGACGACGUCACCGGAGUGUUUUUCGCCAAAGCCAGGAAACCGUAGUCAUGGUGAGAUGGGGGUGGAUCAAAGGAAGAUCUUGGCAUUUUUGACUUGUCUUUUAUACAACAGUUAGUUCUGACCGCACAAUCUGAUUUGCUGGAAAGCUUUCUGAUUACUUGUUAUCUGAUAGGAAUGUAAGAUAGAUCUAAGGUCACUAAAGUAUUUUGUUAGGUUUCAACUGUAAUUACUUGACUCUAAGCUGCUGGAACUACUUUUUGACGCAAAAAAAAAAAAAUGACAAUUAUCAAAACUAUACAAUUGAAGUUCAGGACUUCAGUGC